CUGGGUUCACCACUUCUAAAGUAUACAUUUCCCCUCAACGUCAAAUGAACACGAGUCCAUCUGCUUUUAAAGACCUAUUUAUUUAAAUAAAACAUCCACAAUAAAAGCCUGACCUUCACAACAAACAGAAAAGCAGCUCACUGAAAGACUAUGGAGAGCUCAUUAACAUUUUUACUGGCUGUUACUUUCUUCUGUUCUGUUCAAACAGGUGUUUUCACUUGUGAACCACGGCAAUAUCAGUGUGGCAAUGGAAAGUGUAUCCCACCAAGAUGGGUAUGUGAUGAAACUGAUGACUGUGGUGACGGCACUGACGAACUUCCUGCGGCCUGCUUGGCCAAGACCUGCAGACCCAGUGAAUUCAGCUGUGGGGGGCGACUCAACCAGUGUGUGCCGAAGAGCUGGAAGUGUGAUGGCAAAGCAGACUGUGAGAACGGAGCAGAUGAGGAAGGCUGUGCUCCUCGGCGCUGUCGGGACGGCGAGUUCAGCUGCACCAACAGCCAGUGUGUGAGCGCUGCGUUUGUGUGUGAUGAUGAGAGAGACUGUGAUGACGGCAGUGAUGAAGUCUCCUGUCCACCAAUCACGUGUGGCUCCAGGUUCUUCAAGUGCAAUAACACACAGUGUGUUCCUCGACUGUGGGUCUGUGAUGGUGAUGCCGACUGUGCCGAUGGCUCAGACGAAUCGCCUCAGGAAUGUGGUGCAAGGACGACUACACCUACCAAAAACCCAUGCUCCCCUAUGGAAUUCCACUGCGGCAAUGGGGAAUGCAUACACAGUAGCUGGAAAUGUGACGGGGGAGAAGAUUGCUUGGAUCACUCGGAUGAGAAAAACUGCUCCUUGCCCACAUGCCGACCGGAUGAGUUCCAAUGUGGUGACGGAUCUUGCAUCCACGGCAGCCGGCAGUGCAACCACGUAUAUGACUGCAGAGAUUUGAGUGAUGAGCUGGGUUGUGUUAAUGCAACCCAUUGUGAGCCACCACACAGGUUUAAGUGCCGCAGUGGUGAAUGCAUCAGCGUGGAAAAAGUUUGCAACAAGCAACGGGACUGUAGGGAUUGGUCCGAUGAGCCAUUACGAGAAUGUGAUUCUAACGAGUGUGUUUACAACAACGGGGGUUGCUCUCAUAUCUGUAAUGACCUGAAGAUUGGUUACGAGUGCCUGUGUCCUACUGGCUUCCGAUUGGUGGAUAAAAGACGAUGUGAAGACAUUGAUGAGUGCGCCAACCCAGACACCUGCAGCCAAAUAUGUGUCAACCAGUUGGGAAGUUACAAGUGUGAGUGUGAAGAUGGCUACCAGAUGGACCCAGCCAGCAAGGCUUGCAAAGCUAUUGGAACCAUCGCCUACCUGUUUUUCACCAAUCACAAUGAGGUAAGGAAGAUGACCCUGGAUCGUAGCGAGUAUACACGUGUCAUUCCCAACCUGAAGAACGCUGUGGCACUGGAUAUAGAUGUUGCUUCCAGGGAGAUCUACUGGUCAGAUUUAUCCCUCAAAAAGAUAUACAGAGCACCAAUGGAUACAGCAGAUAACGCCUCCCAACACAGUGUUGUGAUUGGCAGUGAUUUACAUGCACCUGAGGGCAUCGCUGUCGACUGGAUCCACGGAAACAUCUACUGGACGGACAGUAUCAAAAAGACCAUCUCUGUAGCAACAGCGGACGGAAGCAGACGCAAGACUCUCUUCAAAGAAAACCUAGCCAAGCCGCGUGCUAUUGUGGUCGAUCCAAUUAAGAACUUCAUGUUCUGGACUGAUUGGGGCACACCAGCUAAGAUCGAGAAAGGUGGUCUUAAUGGAGGGGACCGUCAUGCCCUAGUUACAGAUAACAUUAUCUGGCCCAACGGAAUAACCCUUGACCUUUUGAACGGGCGUCUGUACUGGGUUGACUCCAAACUACACACUCUCUCCAGCAUCGGCGUGCAGGGAGACGGUCGGCGUACUCUGAUCAUUGACCAGGGCAAGCUUGCCCACCCUGUGGGUCUCACUGUUUUUGAGGAGACCGUGUUUUGGACAGAUGUGAGCAAUAGUGCAAUUCUAAGUGCAAAUCGUAUGACUGGAAAAGACAUCACGAAAGUUGCCGAACACCUCUCAUCCCCAGAGGACAUAGUCUUGUAUCACAACCUCAAGCAACCGAGUGGAAUCAACUGGUGCCGGGUCAACAACGGUGGCUGUGAUUUCCUGUGCCUGGCUGCCCCUCAAAUCAAUAGAUUCUCACCCAAGUACACUUGUGCCUGUCCAGACAACAUGAUGUUGGCCAGAGACAUGCGAAAGUGUGUUAAAGCUGUAGUCACACCAGCACCUCCUGCCAGUCCUGAAAUAGUUACAACUGGUCGUCCUCAAGUACCUUCAAAGACAACACCAAAACCUGCUGGCCCUUCCACAACCAAUGCACAACCUUCAUCUACUCCUUCUCCGGUGAUCCCUAACCGACCCACUCAAGCUGCUCCAAUCAAGCCUUCCCAAACCACAAUUAAACUCCCUUUAUCCAACCAGACAGAUGACCACUACAGAAUCGUUAAAGCCGUGUCUGAAUCAUCAUCUUCCACACUGUUGGCCUUGUACAUUUUGCUUCCUCUCGCAAUCCUAUGUUUGGCUGUGGGUGCUGUGCUGUUCUGGAGAAAAUGGCGUCAGAAAAAUACUAACAGCAUCCACUUUGAAAACCCAGUUUAUCAAAAGACUACAGAGGACCAGGUGCAUCUAUGCAGAAACGGCAGUUCUGAUGGCUUUUUUUACCCACCGAGACAGAUUGUGAGUGUAAAUGAUGAAAUAUGAUGACAUUGCGGUCCAUGCCAAAACUGACAACGUUUCAAGAGAAGAGCCAUAUUUGAAGUCUUCCGUACUUUAAAGUCAGCUCUGGAGUAAAACAACAUCUGGGGAACAGUGGAGAUACAAACCGCCCUUUUACACGAGGCAGUUCAUGCAAAAAAAAAAAAAAAAAACUAUCUAGAACUGACGGUUGACGCGAAAAAAACAACAACAACAACAACAACCUCAGCUUAUGAAGGCUGCUUAGCAUUUCACUUUAGAAAAAUAAUGAAUAUAGACCUAUUUUAACAGCACUUAAAAGUCAAGGUACAUGGAUAAGUUAUUGUACAUAUUGUAUGUAUUUAAAAGAAUAUUAUUCUAUUUUUUAUGUUUUUUUGUUUUUUGUUUUUUUGCAGGGAUCAAAAAACAUUGCAUGCUAUUUUUCCAAAACAUUUGUGUAAUUUAAUUCAUAGGUUAAUUAAAGAUUCUGUCCAUUUAAAUUUAGACAAAAACAGAUCAUUUACUGUGCAGAGUUGGUUUCGCGAAUGUUUUAUGCCAUUGUUUACAUCAUUUGCUGUCAUCAAGUUCUUAUUUCUGUGCCAAAAUGGUCAAUGUAACUUCUGAAACUGGAAGUUCAUGAUAAAAACACUUUGUCCGACAGCAGCUUGAUACGUGGCUGCUUUCUCAUAUGCAGUAUUGAUAUUGAGGUUACUUAUUUUUUCACUAUAAUAAGGUUCAUUAUUAUAUCAGCCGAUGAUUCCAGUGGUUUUUCUGUGAUUUCACUGCUGUGUAAAUGUGGGUGAUUCAUGCCAAAAACUAUUGAGGGAGUCCAAUGUCCUUCAUCUUUUUUUUACAAACUUACUGUAAUCAAGGUUUUACAUUCUCGAUCUGAAUGUGUAAAUAAUGUAUGUAAAUAUGUUUAUUAUGGCAUAUUUUGCUUUUGUAUUUUUUUACGUAUGCAGUAUUGUAUAUAAAGAAAGGUUUAUUUAUUUAUUUUAAUCUAAGUCUUCGGUUGAUAAUUGGUUCAUUGUGUAGCAUGUCAGUUGUUCAUUUGUUAAUAAUUGAAAAUAUGUUUCUGUACACUGAUUAAUUAAUCAAUCUAGUAAUGCAUUUCCUGAAAAGCCGUUCACAACUGUUCUUGACCUGUGUGUAACCCUAACUUGAAAUAAACUCUCUGAAGAUUUCA